AUGACUACUGAAAGCCGACGUAUUCGCAAAGUUGCCAUUCUAGGGGCCACAGGAGCUCUGGGUAAUGCGCUUAUACCUUCUUUGCAAAAGGCUGGGUUCGAGGUUACUGCCAUCGGACGACUGAACAGCACAAGUUUGCUUCCUCCCGGUAUUAACUCUAAAUCAGCCGACUACAACAAUAGAGCAUCUCUCAAAGAUGCCUUGCAGGGUCAAGAUGCUAUUAUCGAAGCGUUCAAUCCUGCUGCCGCAGCUAUGCAGCACGUGAUUGUCCAAGCUGCCAUUGACGCUGGUAUUGUGCAUCUCAUUACCCCCGACUUCUCAUGCGACACAUUCAACCCCAACAUACCAGAGCUUAUGGUGUUUGAACCCAAGAUUCAGGCCCAAAAAGAGCUCGAAAGGCUUGUGGCUGCGUCUAAUGGAGCCCUUUCUUGGACCGCUGUAAUCGUUGGUCCCUGGUAUGACUGGGCCACCGAUGCUGGACAGUUCUGGAUUGAUAAGAAGAAUCGCAAAAUCAGUCGUUUUGGAACUGGUCAUCAGAGAUAUAGUAUGAGCAGAUAUCAAGCUACUGGAGAUGCUACAGUGGCUGUACUAGAAAACCCGGAACGAUACCGGAACCGACCAGCAUAUUUUGCAAGCCACACCAUUUCAACUAAUCAGCUGAUUGCCGUAAUUGAAGAGCUGGGAUUAGAAGCUUGGACAGUUGUUGAUAUUCCUAUCAGCGACUUCCUCCUUAAGGGCAAAGAGCUCUGGGAUGAAGACACUGAAAAGGGAGUCCAUGUUCGUAUGAACACCCCGGCGUAUUUGAUGCUUGCCACAGUCUCACUUGUGGACGAGAACAAUCGCUAUGGAGCCGAUUUUGGCGAUAAAGUUGAGCCAGGAUGGGAUGAGGGUCAAGAGGCCCUGAAAGAAAAUCUAAGGAACCUUUUACAGUAG